CCACCAAAGGAACACGCGUUCACACGUAUUUUUUUUACUCGUCAUUCUAAUGUUAAUUGUUACGCGUGCACUUCAGUUAUCAACAAUCACCUCAAUAUGGAUAAUCUUAAAUCACAGUGACAAUUAAAACUCAAUUUGUGUCUUUUUUAAUCUGAUUAGUGAUUUAAUAAACAUCAACAACAGUAAAAUAAUAAUAAUAACCAAAUUGAUUAGUUAAUAAUAAUCUUAAUUGUGUUGGAAAACUUUAACCCUGGGUUACAAUGAAAAUGUAUGUAACUCAGCGGAUUAAUAAUCAUCAACCAAAUCAUUAUCCUAAUCAUAGACAACAAUUAACUUCAACUAAACUUAAUCAAAGGUACAAUUUAUGGAUUAUAUUGUUUUAUCUGAUAACAAUUAAAAUUGAUUGUUCUCAUGGAUCUGGUGUAUUUCAAAUUGAAAUUGUUGAAUUUGAACACAAACAACUUUACUCAUCAACCGAUGAAACUAAAUUAAUUUACAAUUUGUGUCUCAAGGAAUCAAAUACUCUUGUUUAUGGUCCCCCUUGUACCUAUGGUAAUAUAACAUCUCAACCAUCAACUUCAUCUAAUCCAGUUUCAUUGCGAUUACCCUUCACAUUCAGAUGGAUGAAAUCAUUCACUUUAAUUGUAACCAUUUUAACUAAUUCUGGAUCAUCGAAUAGCAAUUAUGUCCAAUUGGAGAAACAAAUUCACUUCGAUGACAAUGUCCUACCUACGAAUCGCUCAUCGACCACUUUAAGAACUUGGUUAUAUAAGACAUUCAAAACAGCGAAUUCUCAUCUAGUUUAUCGAUACAGAAUUUAUUGUUCAUUAUAUUAUCAUGGUGAUGAAUGUUCUGAAUUUUGUCGUGAACGCAAUGAUGUUUUCGGACAUUACAUUUGUCAGCAAAAUGGCCAAAAGGCUUGUCUACCUGGUUGGAUUGGUGAUAAUUGUGAUAAACCAAAAUGUCGAUCAGGAUGUAAUUCAGAGCACGGAUAUUGUUCAGAACCCGAUCAGUGUCAGUGUCGACCUGGAUACUCAGGCACUCUAUGUAACCAGUGUUUACUUUAUCCAGGAUGCACCAAUGGCUAUUGUCUCAAGCCCUGGCAAUGUAUUUGCCACCGUAAUUGGGGCGGCAUUUUGUGUGAUCAAGAUCUUAAUUACUGUGGUACUCAUCAGCCCUGUCUGAAUGGUGGCCUAUGUGAUAACAUUGCCCCCAAUCAGUACAAAUGUCACUGCAAACCAGGAUUUGAUGGUAACAAUUGUCAAAUCGUGGUCAAUCCAUGUGUAACGAGUCCAUGUCUUCAUGGUGGAACGUGUUUCGAAGUCAGUAACUCAUCGUUCAUCUGUAAUUGCCCUCAGGGUUGGACUGGUAAUCGUUGUCAGAUUAAUGUGAACGAGUGUUCAUCUAAUCCCUGUUUGAAUGAUGGUAAAUGUAUCGAUCUUAUUAAUGGAUAUCAAUGUAUUUGUCCUCCAGGAUUCACUGGUGAUCGAUGUCAAGAAGAUAUAAAUGAGUGUAAUCUGGGAACAUCUUUGUCACCUUGUAUUCCAUCAACUACUGAAUCUUGUCAGAAUUUAAAUGGUUCAUACAAAUGUAACUGUAUCAAAGGAUUUGAAGGUCGACAUUGUGAGUCCAAUGUAAACGACUGUGAGCCCAAUCCAUGCGCUAAUGACGGAUCUUGUAUCGACCUGAUCAACUCGUACCAAUGUGUCUGCCAAAAAGGUUUCAAAGGAGGUCACUGUCAACAGGUCGAUGAAGAUGUUUGCUCAUUGGGAGGGUCGGAUAAUUAUUGGGAAAUAACAACUCGAGCCUCGGCCUGUCCCAUGAAAUGGUGCAAAUGCUCACAAAAUAAAGGACCUUUUUGUGUCUGUGUUGGUCACGAAUUGCCAAAAAUUACGGUUGACCAUCAAUCCCUGAGUGAAGCAGAUACUAUCAAUUCACUUGUCUUGGUCUUCGAGAAAUUAUUGACCGAAAAUCAAACGCAAAUCAUUUGCGAAGCUUUGAAGGCGAUUCUUAUUCUCUAUCAAGAUACACUUGAAUCAGAACAAAUGUCAACAGUUUGUCAUCAACGAGAAAUUAAUUCAAUUAUUUUCUACUCUACAGAUAAUUCAGAAAAUGUCCUAAAGAUCGGUGACAUUUUAUUGAAUUCGAGGAACUCAUUUAGAAUCAAACAAAUCAUCAAAAACAAACAAGAAUUAGACUCAACGAACAAGCAACUCCAAUUUCUUUUAAUUUUAACGAUUUUCUGUAUAUUCUUAUUUAUUUGUAUGACAACGAAAUCAUUUUCGGUUAAAACGUUAUUCUGUCAUAAGUAUCUUCAAGAAGCUACAAUUGAGAUACCCUGUAAGUUGUAAUUUAAAUUAAUUAAAGUUGUAUCAUAAAAAAAGCCUAAUGGUUUAUUAGUACAGUCUUAUGAUGGGGAAAAACUAAAUUGCUAAUCAAUUUAUUUUUAAAUAAGCAACUAGAAAAAACCUCUUCAGCCGAAUCUACAUCUCGGUGAUGUUGCUGUUCGCAACCUAGUACACCAAGGUGUACUAUCAGGUCAACAUAGCAUAUUCAUCAAUGAAUAUACAUGGAUAUCUAUACAGGGCGAUUACGUUAAAUUAACAGCUUUGUUUUCGGAAUAACUUGAGAACGGCGAGUCGUUGACAAGAUCAGAUCGGAGAUAUGGACUUGGGAGACCAUGGGAAUUUGUUUGACAUCAAGUUCGAAACUGACCUUUCGGUAGGCCAAAAGUCCAUGAAUCACUAGGCCAAAAUUAUCUGGUAAAAUUUUGCGAAAUAUUUUGCUCUUUUUAAAGCCAGAAAAAAAUGAUUUCCGUUCUCAAAGCGAAAUUUGGACGGACUUUUUUCGAUGAUAACUUUUGAACCACUCGAGAUGUUGGAACAAAACUUCAUUUUUAUCCUAUUUAGUUCAAAGGAAAUUAGUAUUUAUUAGCAAAUAAAGUUGGGGGGACCCGUUGAAACACGGUGUACAUAGUUACAAGUGUGCAUUUAUAUAUGGUCAUAGUUACAAGUAUACGUAGUAUGGCCGAGCAAGCCGUGAAGAUUGUUCAACAUAGUGAACAAACCUUCCUGUCAAGGGAUGAGUCUCAAUAGAUCGCAGUAUUGUAACUGCUCUACUAAAUACAACACCCUGGCAGGCUCUUGGGUCGUCUAAUAUUAACUACACUCCACACCUCUGUUAAGGCAACACCGUUUUCUAAGUCGCCAUUUAUUGGAUUAGUUAAUUUAAUUAAUUAUAAUUAAAAAUUCACUAGAUGGCGGCUGUGAAAUUGCCUUAGUAGAAGUCACCAAAAAUUGCUUUAACAGAGGGUUGCAGUGUAUUAGGGGUAUCAAUAAGUUCUGUGGUUUUCUCGCUUAUCAAGCUAUUCCCUGAAAACUGUUAAUGAUUUAGCUUCAAUUUUUUCGUCGAGUUCAUGCAUUUUUCUAUUAAAAUCCAUAAAAUAAUGAUAAUUAAUGAACUUUUAUUCAGGCCAAAAAAAGCAUCAAAAUUUCCGUUUUUUGUUCGGUUUUCUUCAAAGUGGCCUAAAAUGGUCUUUUUGGAUUUUUACAAAUUCUAAGAUAGCAAGAAUCAAAGAGUAAUAUAAGAAGAGACUGCGAUCUCCUGAAAAAAGAGCUGUUUUGAUUUCCUCUCUUUCUUUUCUCUUUCUUUUCGCAAAAAAAUUGGUUAAAGCUUUUUAAAUGUUUUUGAGGCCAUUUUUCAACGAGAUUUUGGUCUAUUAAAUGUUAAAUUCAAGCUCAAUUAAAAUCUCGUUGAAAAUGGCCUUAAAAUCAUUCAGAAAACUUUACACAAUUUAGUUGACGAAAAGAAAGAGAAAAGAAAGAGAAAAACGACAGUAGUGACUCGCGUGAGAUUUAUCCCCAAACAGCUCUUUUUGCUGUUGAUCGCUCUCGAUGGCCGAAUGGUCAAGAGAGCUGUGUCAUACAGGGCGUUUACGCUAAUUAAAAAGAUUUGUUUUCGGAAUAACUCGUGAACUAAGAUUCGUACAAACAAAUGGACUACACCGGUGGACUUGUCGUGUCUUAGGGUUUACUUUGAAACCAAGUUCGAAAUUGAAAUUCGGCAGGCCAGAAUUCCGUUCAAAAAUUCGAUUUUAAGACAAACGAUAAAUUUUUCGGUAUGAACAAAGACUGAAUAUCUCAAAAAAACAUUUUUUAUCAGUUUUGACCUUUUGGUUGUCGUAAACCCUAAGACACGACAAGUCCACCGGUGUAGUCCAUUUGUUUGUACGAAUCUUAGUUCACGAGUUAUUUCGAAAACAAAUCUGUUUAAUUAGCGUAAACGCCCUGUAUACUUGAGAUGACAGGUUCGCCUCCCACUUAAGUCUUGAAGUUUGUUAUUAGCUCUAAUGUUGUAAAGAGCUUUCUCUUUCCUUUCUUCUUCUUUCUAUCCUCUGUCUUUCUUCUUUCCCCACCGUCUCAAUACGAAGUUAUUAUCAGAUACACAAUUGUAAAUCUGCACACCAGCGGAUAUCCCUCCCCCCUCACAAAAUGAAAAAAAUAAAGCUCUCUCUUCUUAUAUUACUCUUUGGCAAGAAUGCACUUCCAAACUUUUUAUUUUGAUAAUUGUGAAAAUCAACAAUUAACUAUUAGGUAUCCACAUAAGUAAUGUCGCUUUUUAGAUAGCGUUCACUGGUUGGAGAAUUUCUCGAAAACGAGCCAAUAAAAAGUGGCAAAAAAUUUACAAUAUUAAGAUCAAUUCUCCAACUAUGAAAUAAUAUAACUUUCGCCGAAAUCGAUUGAUUAAUUUUGAUAAUUUAUAAAUUAAACCAAAGAGUAGAGAGAAAGAGACAGCACAUAACAGAAAAACUAUCAGGUAACAUUUUUUUUGGUGUCGCGAGGUGGAGCCACUAG